CCCAUAUCACUUUGUCAAAAGAACAGAGGAAAACGGAAGAUUUACACGAAGUAGUACUCCCUAGCGUACGUACAUUGGUGAAUUAACUAUGCUACGUGCUCGUACAGUGCCCAGCACAGAUAACAGGAAAAACCCGCUGCAAGUUGUACCCCCAGAGAUCAACCGAGACAUAUUCCUCAGGUUGCCGGCGAAGUAUCUGUUGCGAUCCCAGAGCGUGAGCAAAGACUGGCACUCCUUCAUUACCCACAUAAAGCGCACCCACGUCGGCAAACUCCGCCUCCUCGUCGUGUACCCAAGCUGCCCCUCGGGAAUCAGAUUAACCGUGAAGUCGAUAAACCACGACCUUCGCCUUCAAUGGAGAUCCUCCCUCAAGGAGCCCCGGCUGUUCCCCGACCCAUCCAUUUUGUGCUCUUGCAAUGGGCUUGUGCUUGUCAUGGCUGGAACACAUUUUUGGUUGUGGAACCCACUUUCUGGGUGGCGUUGGGAUGUGCUUCGUCAUAGGUAUCUCAAGGAUGGAGACUACAGUGUUCUUGCGGGGAUGUCUUACAACGCCACUACUGAUGACUACAAAGUUGUCCUUUUACUUCGUCAUUUUAGCGCGGAUUGUGGGUAUGGCCGCAGGUUUGUUACUUUUGCCAGCAUGAGAACCAAAACGUGGACAGAGGCGAGUUUCCCGUAUAACUUACGAACAGCCGGGGAUGGCGUUAACUUCCACAAUAGACUCCAUUGGUUGGUAAGUGACGUCAAGCGUCCCCGAGACUUCGAACAUGAUGAUAGCGAUGAGGAUUAUGCUAAUCAUUGUCCUCUUAAGGGUUGGGUUUGGGAAGACUUUUCCGAGUGCAAUAAGAUUACAUUUUUUGAUCCCCGAAAAGAUGAGUUCAAAACAUUGCCCUCUCCUUCCCCGUGCAACCCCGAAGAAGAAGACUCGAUAGUCGGGUUGGGAAUUAUGAAGAAUUGUUUAUGUAUGGCUCGAAGGGAUAACAAGAUGCAAACCAUUCAAGUGUUGAUUAUGAGAGAAUACGGGAGAGGAGAAUCAUGGUUUAGACUAUUUCACAUUUCUAUGUCCAUAUUAGAGAGACUUGAUUUCUAUGGCUUCAAUUUCUUUUCUCCCGAAGAUAGUGCGAAAGUAUUGUUCAUUAGGUGUGGUUAUGAUCAUGAAACAGCAUAUGUUUAUGAUCCGUUGGCGGGAGAAGGCAAAGCAAUUAUAAAGGAGGAUCUUGCGCCUAAUGGAGAGCACACGCUUGGUCCAUGUUUCUUUGUUGAAAGCUUUGCAUCACCACAAUGGUUGACCAAAUCAAGAAAUUUGUCAGAUGUUGAGUACCGAUGCUUUGUCGGUGGUUUGGCAUGGGCCACAAACGAAGACUCCCUCAGUCAAGCGUUCUCUACCUACAAUGUCCUGGAUUCAAAGAUUAUUAAAGAUCCCAAAACAGGCAAAUCCAGAGGAUUUGGCUUCGUCUCCUUUAAGGAUGAGGAUUCAAUGAAGCAGGCUAUUCAAGACAUGAACGGUAGUGACCUUGAUGGCCGAAACAUCACAGUCAACGAGGCUCAAUCUCGCGGUGGAGGCGGAGGAGGAAGAGGCUACAGUGGUGGACGUCGUAAAAGUGGCAGAGGUGGAAGUUACGGAGGCGGUCGUCGUGAGGGUGGCUACGGAGGCGGUGGCAGAGGUUACAGAGGUGGACGUGAACGAAGCUAUGGCAGCGGUGGUGGAGGAUAUGGCAGAGGCUAUGGCGGCGGCGGUUACUCCGGGGGAGGAGGUGACGAAGGAAGCUGGAGGAGUUAAGCUACUCUUAUCCGACAGCUGAUUAUUGUUGAAACUUUCUGUUUGGUCUGUUAGUUUAGAGGGUGCUAUGUGUCUGUCAUAUUUGCUCUAGUGUACUUUGACGAGUUUGAGGUUUAUGUCAUUGUUUGCUCGAAUUGCUUUAAUUUGGAGUUUGGUUGUCCCUUGAAUAUGUGUUUGCGAAGUUCUUUAUGAAUGCAUUGAAAAAUGAUUUGAAUCUU